AUGGGUGACAGAGCGACCAUGUUCCAAGUUACCGCGAGCGAUUCCCGACGCUGCAAAGAAUUGUAUCGGAACACGGCAUAUUUCGCUGGAGAGAGCUAUUUCAAGUACAGUGGACAAGAUGCGAGCAAUUGGUAUGGUACUAUCGCAACGCUGUGGGCACUUUCACCAGUGCGGCUGCUUCGUGAUUUGCAACAACGCAGAAUUUCAAUGAACGAUGUUGAUCGUCCGAUCGAGCACGAUCUUGCGCGGCGUGAUUGCCGACAGCCUGCUAAUGACUAUGCGACUUUGAUUAUUGUGAGCUUGCCCACCACGCAUUCAAUCAUAGGGCGCGAUGUUGUCAUCUCAGCUGCCACUGUGUUACGAGCUGUGACAGCGUCCGAGGACCGAGUUAUUCGCAGUAACUGUGAUCGGAUCAAGCCGUGUGUCUCUGUACGGACAACGGCGACCUUGCAGGACUCAGAUGGUUUGAUGCAGCAGCCAGCUUGA